ACUGAUGACCAACCAAGCUCCGAAGAUGGACAAUUUGACCUCUACACGGCCCAGUCCCUAGUUUGUGAGCUCAACAAACAGGUGAUGAUGUCUCAAGCAUUAGCAGCAGAAGCCACGUUCAUUACACAGCAAGCUACAUUUGAGGUACAAGAGCAGCCCCUCCCCCCAGAGGAUGAAGCCAGAGGAGUGCAAGACAGCCCUGAAAAUAUUACGAUAGAAACCGUUGUAUCACAAAUCACCACACGGCAGCAAAGUGAUGAAGUCAUAGCAAUGCAAGACAACGAUGCACACGUUGAUGUCCCCAUGGAGAUGAGUCCCCUCCAUGGUCGUCUUGGGCACACCACUGAACAGCAUCAGUAGAACACCUCGCUUCACCUCAUCGUUGCCUGGUGGUGCCUGCCUCCGUGGGGACAUCAACGUGUGCAUCGUGGGGGACCCGUCCUGUGGCAAGAGCCAGUUCCUCAAGAGAGUGGAGGAGUUCAGUCCUCGUGCAGUGUACACUAGUGGCAAGGCCUCGACAGCAGCUGGACUCACAGCUGCCGUGGUCAAGGACGAGGAGAGUCACGAGUUUGUUAUAGAGGCUGGCGCUCUCAUGCUCGCUGACAAUGGAGUUUGUUGUAUUGACGAGUUUGACAAGAUGGACCUCAAAGACCAAGUAGCCAUUCAUGAAGCCAUGGAGCAACAGACCAUUUCAAUCACCAAGGCUGGUGUCAAGGCAACCCUCAAUGCUCGUACAUCCAUCCUAGCUGCGGCUAAUCCGAUUGGUGGUCGCUAUGACCGGUCAAAAUCCCUCAAGAUGAACAUCCAGCUCACUGCUCCCAUCAUGUCGCGCUUUGACCUCUUCUUUAUCAUAGUGGACGAAUGUAACGAGGUGACUGACUAUGCCAUCGCAAGGCGUAUUGUGGACCUCCACAGUCACAAAACAGAGGCAGUGGAGCGUGUCUAUUCCCUCGAGGAGAUCCAACGCUACGUAUUGUUUGCUCGUCAGUUCAAGCCUCGUAUCAGCCCCACCUCUGGUGAGUACAUGGUGGAGCAGUACAAGAAGUUACGGCAGAGAGAGUGCUCGGGCGUGGCUCGAUCGUCAUGGAGAAUCACCGUGAGACAGCUCGAGAGUUUGAUACGACUCGCGGAGGCCAUGGCUAGGAUCCACUGCUCUGAUGAGGUACAACCCAAGCAUGUGAAGGAAGGCUUUCGUUUGCUCAAUAAGUCCAUUAUUCGUGUGGAGACUCCGGACAUCAACUUUGACGAGGAUGAACAGAUCAUCAAUGUAAUAAAUGGGGACUGCAUGACCAAUGGUGAGAAUGGUGUCAAUGGCGAGAAUGGAGUGAACGGCCACACUCCAAUAGACCAAUCAGAUCCAUCCACCCAACCGCCGGUGAAAACCAAGAAGAUACGAGUUACGUAUGAGGAAUAUCGUAUCAUCUCCAACCUGCUCAUCCUGCACAUGCGUCAGAGCGAGGAGGCAGACAAAGAUUCUAGCGGAGUUCGUGAAGGUGACCUAGUGAACUGGUACCUGAAGGAGGUGGCUGAUGACAUAGAGAAUGUGGAGGAGCUGACGGAGAAGAAGCUCCUCGUGGAGAAGGUCAUCGAGAGACUUGUGCAACAUGACCACAUUUUGUUGCCGUUGGUGAUGGGGGAGGAGUCAGACGAAGAUCCAUUCCUGGUGGUUCAUCCCAACUACGUCGUUGAGACAUGA